GCGCCCGGAUUGACAGCACGACCGCAGCGCCGCCUGGCUGGCAUGCCAGCACAGAGGUAAUCAAAAUACUUUUGAAGGGUGGAGAAAAAGAGGAAAUAUUUUGGUGUCACUUGAGUUCCGCUUUGUGCAAUGAAAAUCUCCGUGGCGACGUAAAAUCAGUGCCCCAGAGACGAUGAUGGAGUGCAACGAGGCGGUGGAGCGCCAGAAGCUGGUGUCGAACGACGCAGAGACGGAUGACGUGCCGAGCAGCGCCCCGAAGUCCUCCAUCCAGACGCCCAUCUCGCCCGUGCUGAGCAGCAAGGUCUUCUCCAGCGGCGACACGAGUCGCAGCCAGAACUCCACGACGUGCUCCGUGGGCAAGGGCCACCCGGAGGCCGGCCAGCAGGCCACCAAGCUCACCUUCGUCAACGAGCGGAAGCUGGAGGCAAUCGCCAAGGCGAAGGCGAAGAAAAUCCACCGAGGUAUUCCGCCCCGUGCGCGCUCGCGCCCCAUUUCACACGCUUCAUUUUAUCGUUUAUUUCUUUGCAUUUUAUUUGGAUUUAUUUGUGAUUCCUCUUUUAUUUAUUUUAUGGCAUCCACACACACCCUUUUUGGUUUGGUUUCUCUGGCGCGCGCCUUUUCCGUAGAUCUUCCGUCACCCAAAACUGUCCAGGCGCCAACACAUCCAGUCCAUAGUUCAAACUUUUCCUUUGCCGAUCGCCCUCUGAAGCACCAUUCAUUUAUCUCAGAUGACGGCAGUGUCCGGAACAUGGAGAGGGCCCUGCUCGGCCUCCUCGAGGACUUUCACUCCGGCAAGCUGAGGGCAUUCGGCUCGGGCUGCACAAUGGAGCAAAUGACUGACAUUCGGGAGCAACAGGAACGCCUGGCGAAGCUGCACUUCGAGCUGGGCGGCGGCGAUGCCAGCGAGGACGCCCAGGCGGAGCACGGCGCGCAGAAGAUGUCGCAGCUGGUGAUGAAGCUGGAGAACUUGUCUGUGUCCAUCGAGAAGCUCCACUCGAGCAACUCGGACUUGUGAUAUUUGCCUUGGAGGCUCGUCUCCAAAUAAAAGACACUCACACAAUUUUA